AUGGCGGUUACUCAUGAUAAUGCUAAAAACAUGUUAGCAGCAUCGCGUAUAUUGAGUGAAACUUAUACAGAGUUAUAUGGUUCAUCUUUGUAUAACCAUAGGUGUCUUGCUCACAUAAUAAAUAUUAUUGUGGGUGAGGGAAUGAUUGUUUUGAAUGAUAAAUUAGAAAAAAUAAAUAAAUUUGUCAAAAAAUUGCACACAUCACCAAAAUAUAUGAAAGAAUUUUUAGACAUAACUGGAGGUAUACGCAUACCACUUGAUGUCGUAACUAGAUGGAAUUCUAAAUUUUUGAUGAUAUACUCUAUUAACAAAAAUUUAGAUGCAGUCAAUAAAUUGGGGAAAAAAGGGAGCCACCAAGAUGGCCAAUUAUUUAUAAAUAAUGAAGAAUCAAUUUUUUUAAAAGAUGUAGAGGAUUUUUUAAAACCCUUUUACAAGAUUACUUUAGAAGCUUCAUCAGCUACAAAUACAACCAUUGGCUCAUCUGUAUUAUUCAUAAACUGCAUUGAAAAUAUUUUAAAUGAUUAUAUUACUGGUGAUACCGUAUUGAAAAAUACAGCGGAGGUGAUUCAUCAGCCAUUUGAAAAUGAUAUCUUGGAUAAUGAGGCAUUACCAUUUUCUGUAAGCAUGCAUAACAUUCUAAGAAAGGGUGCGUUACAAAAUGAUCCAUUGACCGACGAAAUAUCGCUUUAUUUAAGAGAAGAUGUAGCAAGUCCAAUAACAAAUGUAUUAGAAUGGUGGUCGAAUAAUAAAAAUUCAUAUCCUAAUUUAUCUUUAAUGGCUAAAGAUUUCUUAGCUCAACAAACCAGAGUAUUCAACAAAACCGAUAGGGCCCAAGCUUCACUUCCAACCAUAUUCGGUGAACUUAGCAUUAGAUCUCCAUACGACUUAGCAAUUAACCUUAUCGAAUAUCCUUUUGUCAAAGGAAAUAACCAACGCCUAUCAUUCUAA